ACCGAACAUGACAUGGUUUCAGAGGUGAGGUUCUUUGCGUCAUUUUCACAAAUUCUGUGUUGCUUUCCUUGUACCACACGAUCCGUAAGUCUCAUCUGAUAAUGCCCCUUUAACAUCAAGAGAGAGGAAGAAGAUAGCAGCUGAGGGUGGGGGAGUGAGAGACUGAUUAGAUUGGAUUUAGGGGUUUUCAUUUCAUAGCAGCUCUGUUCCUAAUUCGAUUUGUCUCUGUUUAAUUUGAUUUUGCCUCUCUCUGACCAUGGCAUCGGUCUGCGUUAACGAUACUUUAACCGACGACGAGCUGAGAUGGGUAUUGUCGAGGCUAGACAGCGACAAGGACAAGGAAGUGUUCGGUCAUGUCUGCAAGCGGUGGCUACAUCUGCAGAGCACCGACCGGAAGAAGCUGGCGGCGCGUGCUGGUCCACACAUGCUCGGCCGUCUCGCCUCCAGGUUCACUCGAAUCGUGGAAUUGGACUUGUCUCAGUCAAUCUCAAGGUCCUUUUAUCCAGGUGUCACUGAUUCCGACCUCGCUGUCAUCUCCGAGGGAUUCAAGUGCCUCCGAGUUCUCAAUCUCCACAACUGUAAAGGUAUUACAGAUACUGGUUUGGCCUCAAUUGGACGGUGUCUAUCUUUACUGCAGUUUCUAGAUGUAUCAUAUUGCAGAAAGCUCUCAGACAAAGGAUUAUCCGCUGUUGCAGAAGGCUGCCAUGAUCUAAGGGCAUUGCAUUUAGCGGGUUGUCGUUUCAUCACUGACGAAUCGCUGAAAUCACUUUCUCAGAGAUGCCGUGACCUGGAAGCUCUCGGGCUUCAAGGCUGUACCAAUAUCACUGAUUCAGGCCUUGCUGAUCUCGUGAAAGGAUGUAGAAGGAUACAAACUUUAGAUAUCAAUAAAUGCAGCAACGUAGGAGAUGCUGGAGUUUCCACUGUGGCGAAAGCUUGUGCAUCUUCCCUCAAGACGCUCAAACUGCUAGACUGUUACAAAGUUGGGAACGAAUCUAUAUCGUCCCUGGCUCAGUUUUGCAAGAAUUUGGAAACUCUGAUAAUUGGUGGAUGCAGAGACAUCUCUAACGAAUCCAUCAUAUUACUGGCAGAUUCAUGCAAAGACAGUCUCAAAAACUUGAGGAUGGAUUGGUGCUUAAAUAUAUCCGACUCUUCCCUUACCUGCAUUCUCAAGCAUUGCAAGAACUUGGAGGCUCUUGAUAUCGGUUGUUGCGAGGAGGUUUCAGACACCGCUUUCCUGGGAUUAGGGAGCGACGAUUUUUUGGGAUUGAAGGUUUUAAAAGUGAGCAACUGUCCAAAGAUUACAGUAACAGGGAUAGGCAAGCUUUUGGAGAAAUGCAGUUCCCUGGAGUACCUAGAUGUAAGGUCUCUUCCACAUGUGACAGAAGUAAGAUGCAGUGAAGCUGGCCUCGAGUUCCCCAAAUGUUGUAAAGUUAACUUUUCUGGAAGUUUAACCGAGCCAGAUGUUCUGCUUUGAUCGUUCUUGUUGGGAUUUCCUUGGAGGAAAGAUUGUCUGUCUGCCCUAAACCCUCUGUGAUCUCUCUGUAUCUCUCUGUCUCCUGUAUGUGCACACUCAUGGCGUAUGGUCCAUCAGUGAGUCCCCUCUCAAGCUCUUGUACAUUUUUGUGCAUUAAAUAUUUGGUUGUUGCGGCUCCUUUAAUAAUCUUCAGUAGCUUUGCAAAGUGUGUGUAGUUUUCUUUGGAUCUGCUUCUCCUUAAAGUGUAUAAAAAGGUUCAGCACUUGAUAUUUGAAGACUCUUGAUUCUCUAUGUAAUACAAUGGAGCAAUGUUUGCGAUAAGCUUUUGUUGUGGAACUCUCCAAAGUUUCUACUGGAGCCUCAUUGUUGGUUUUU